AUGCGUCUCCUCAUUAUAGAAGUGGCUUCCCUGGGCUCCGCCUCAUACUGGUGCUACACAUGUAGCCGAUCGAUUCGGGUUCGGAUCCGGGCCCAAGACUCGAUCCUCUGCCCCGAUUGCGGCGCCGGAUUCAUCGAAGAGAUCCAGACCCCGACCCGAUCUCCGCUCCACCACCCAUUCCCCACCGCCGCGAUGUUCCUCGAUAACACUCCAAUUUCGCAAAGCCCGAGCCCGCCUAAUCUCCGCCGGAGCCAGAGAAGCAGCCGCGAUCGCUCACCGUUCAACCCGGUUAUUGUCCUCCGAGGCCCACCUGACACCGAAUCCGACCCGGGCAGCUUCGAGCUUUACUACGAUGACGGAGCCGGUUUGGGCCUCCGCCCUCUGCCGUCGUCCAUGUCGGACUUCUUAAUGGGAUCGGGUUUCGACCGGCUGCUCCACCAAUUGACCCAAUUGGAAAACGGCGUCGCACGGCUCGACCACCCUCCGGCGUCGAAAGCCGCCAUCGAGUCCAUGCCCGUCAUCAAAAUCGCCGUCGACCACGUCUCCACCGAGUCGCACUGCGCUGUUUGCAAAGAGGCGUUCGAGCUCGACUCGGAAGCUCGCGAGAUGCCCUGUAAGCACAUCUACCACUCCGACUGUAUAUUCCCAUGGCUUUCGAUUCGAAACUCGUGCCCGGUUUGCCGCCACCAACUCCCUACUGACGUGCGCGGGCCGCGUGGCAGUGGCAGAGCGUCGCCGGAGAAUAAUGGUAUGGUUGGAGAAGAAGAGACGGUGGGGUUGACUAUCUGGAGAUUGCCCGGGGGCGGAUUCGCUGUGGGCAGGUUCACCGGAGGCAGGAGAGCUGCUGAGCGUGAGCUUCCAGUUGUUUACACUGAGAUGGAUGGUGGGUUCAAUACGGCUGGUGCUCCUAGGAGGAUUUCAUGGGCUUCUCGAAGAAGAGCGAGGGAGACUGGUGGGUUUGCUCAGGCUUUUCGCAAUUUCUUCUCCUUUUUCGGGAGGCUCAGAAGCUCGAGAAGCGGGUCUGGUAAUGUGUUUAGUAGAUCAUCAAGGAGGAGAAGCCAGCGUUGGCCUUUGGAAGAUAACUGAUUGAGGUUUAGUGUUUUAUAGUUAUUGGGUUCUGAUAUUUUGAUUACGUUGUGCUGAUGUUGUUGUUGAGGAAGGGAAAGUUUGUACAUUUAUCGUUUGUUUGGUGUAAAUAGCAAUACAUGACAGAGAAUUGAAGAGUCUCUCAAUUGGGGCUCUGUGGAAGAGAUGGAAAUUUUGAAUUUGGUAGAGAGACUAGGGAAUUAGUUUUCGCACAUUUGGAAGGAGGAGGAGGAGGAGAAGUAAAGCCAAGGGAUUAAAGUGGUGGCUUGGCAGCAUUGGAAAGUUAGCAAUGGAGAGGUGGUACAAGGCUUUCUGUUGUUGUUUGUAUUACUGCUAGGACUUAAAAGGCCUCGCUUGUUGCAGAAUUGCAGGGUUACAGUGAAUUGACCUAGAAGCCGGUGGCUGUUUUUUGUUCUUUUUGGUUGUCUAUUGUUUUACUUAGGAUUGUUUUGAUUGUUCUCAUUUUAAUCCAAAGUGAUUACUGGCUCUCUUCUUUGA